ACUACAUGCUCAUCCGAUGUACCACUCUAACAAAGGCAAUCGCGAUGGCUACCGUUAGUCAGAGAAAGUUGCACGUUUUUCGGGUGACAGGCCUGUUGAGGGAGUUACCUGAUGAGGAUCUCAAGACCGCAGUCCAAGAGGCCCUGAACGACAACUUUACCCACGACGAGAGUAAAUCAAGGUCGAGAUCACAAUCGUGCCUUCAUGCUAUGAAAGUGACACGCAGAGGGUGGCGCUGGUGCAGUUCGGGGGUGGGGUGCCUCAGUUCCUUCAUGAGCUGAGAGUCAACCCUCUCGGGGACUCGCAGAUCGAGAUGGGAGACGAAGAUAUCAACUUUGACUGCCACUUCUUUGGAUUUACCCAGCUCUACACGACGGACGAUAAGGAGCCUGUGGUUGCAGACAUUAUCGCCAUCGCCGGGCUAGACGGUCAUGCGUAG